AGCCGCGGCCAGGACCACCUCCGCUCCCCGCUGCCGCCGGUGCUGCGGCCCGGCAUGGCCCCGCUGCCGCUGCUCGCCGCCGCCUGCCUGGCCUGCACCCUCGCCAUGUUCGGGACCGGCCUCAACCUGAGCUGGUUGGGCUAUGGCUGCCUGAAGCAGGACUGGACCCUGAUCACCGUCAACACCAUUGGGGCAGCACUGCAGACCCUCUACAUCCUGGCAUACCUCUACUACAGCCCUGCAAAGCUCCCCGUGCUGCUGCACAGCCUGCUGCUCCUGGCCGUGCUGGUUGCUGGCUACGGCUACUUCACCCUCCUGAUUGCCGAUGCACGGAUGCGCCUGGCACGCCUGGGGCUCUUCUGCAGUGUCUUCACCAUCAGCAUGUACCUCUCACCGCUGGCCGACCUGGCCAAGAUUGUCCGGAGCAAGUCGACGCGUUGCCUGUCCUUCCCCCUGACCAUCACCACCUUCCUGGCCUCCACCAGCUGGACUCUCUACGGCCUGCAGCUCCAUGACCCCUACAUCACGGUCCCGAAUGUGCCAGGGAUUGUCACCAGCAUCGUGCGGUUCUGGCUUUUCUGGUGGUACCCGCCAGGCCAGGACAAGCCCUACAGACCCCUGCACGCCUGAGGGGACCCCGCUGGCCCCCCCUGAGGAAGGAGCUCACGCACUGUUGGACCAAUGAAGGAUCCCCCAACCCUUGCCAGUCUGCUCCAGCGUGGACUGGCCCCAGCCACUGAGGCCCAGGUGCCAAGGGCUGCCCGCUCCUGGCAGGACAGGGGCCCCAGGAGGGCACCUCCUGCCUCUGUGGUUCACUCUCACUGGCAUCCCUCCAGCCCUUGGUCCUUCAGUGAUGGUUGGAUUGGUCUCAGCGAUGCCUUCGGGGUGCCAGGAGCCCCCCACCCCAGUUCCUGGGCACCCUGCCUGUCCCCGGGGACCCCCAGACAGUCUUCCAUGCCCACGGCUCUGCCCCAGCACCAGGCUGGGUCUGCCGGGAAGCCCUGUGUCUCUUUUGAAUGAAUUUAAGUGCCUUUUAAUAAAUCAGAGACUGAAGA